AUGAAUCCCGCCGCCAUGCAGCAACGAUAUGCCCAAAAUUAUCAACAAAUGCCCCAGCGGUCACCCCAUACAUCCUCAACCAGACGAGGUCAAAUACCCAUCAAUCCCGCCCACAUGCCGCAAGAUGCGAAAAAGAUGCUUGACGCGCAAAACCAGGAGCAGAUGAAACGGACUGCCGAGCAAGCUGCAAGUGCGAAACGGCGAGCUGAGAAACCGACAGACAAGGCUAUGCCAGAAGGAAUUGAAGACUUGAUCGUUGGAGAUGGGGUGCAGCAAUACAAGAAACUGCGGGAGCUGGAGAGGAAGCUCGAUGCUGUGAUGAUGAGGAAGAGGCUGGAUCAGCAGGAUUCAUUACACAAUGCUACGAAGAAGUACAGUACUGUGCGGAUCUGGAUCUCGAAUACGGUGGAAAACCAGCCGUGGCAGGGGAGAGAUUUAGACGAAAAUGCGUUCGACUUUACAAGUGGUGUCGAGGCUACGUACAGGGUCAAGAUUGAGGGGAGAGUGAUCGAAGAUGAGGAUGCCGAUGAUGCUUCGGAGAAGGGCAGUGAUGAUGAGGACGACAAGACCGGUGAGGACGCUAUGGAGUACGACGGCGCCCCUAGUACGGAAGCGCCAAAACAGCUAGCGAGCCGGCAACGAACAAAGCUCUCUCAUUUCGUUAAAGCCAUCACGGUAGAUUUCGAUCGGAACAAGAACCUCCAGCCAGAUGGGACGACGCAAGUUGAAUGGAAGAAACCGCAAGUGGCAUCGAAUGCAGCAGUGCUGCCUCCUCAAGCGGACUUCGACUGUCUCGAGUUCGAAAGGAAGAGCGACGAGAACAUCAAUUGCAUGAUCAAUCUCUACCGUGACGAGAUCCCUGAGCGCUGCACGCUGAGCAAAGAGCUGGCGAAUAUCCUCGACACCAAUGAGGAUGACCGCCCGUCGAUUAUCAUGGGGAUAUGGGAGUAUGUCAAGGCGAUGGGGCUACAGCAGGACGAAGAAAAGCGGUUGAUACAGUGCGACGACCGUUUGAAAGCCGUCUUCAAACAAGAUACCAUCCACUUCCCACACAUCCCCUCCCUCAUCCUCCCCCACCUCACACCCCUCCCUCCAGUCUCCCUGCCCUACACCAUCCGCGUCGAUCCCGACUUCCACGCUUCCCCGACACCCACAAUCUACAACCUCCGCCUCCCCACCCCGCCAAGCCUCCCUUCUCUGCCUCCCUCCCUACCAAUUCUAAAACAGCUCUCCGCCUACGAAGAACACCUCGCCUUGCUAAUCCAAGCCCUCAGCGCCUCGCAACGGAAAUACCAGUUCCUGGACGGGUACAAAAGGGAUCCGGUCACGUUUGUGAAGAGGUGGAUGGCGAGCCAGAAGAGGGAUUUGGAAGUUGUUCUGGGGGAGAGCGGGAGGUUGGAGGGGGAUGUGGCAGGGAUGGGACUGGGAAGUGAGUGGAGGAGAGGUGGGCAGGACGGGGUUUGGGGGAGUGACCUUGUGAGGGAAGGGGUGGGGUUGAUGGUGCAGAAGGGGGGGAGGGAUGGGAGAGCUUUUUAG